AUUAGGUCUUCCUCUUACUCAGUUGUGUUAGGUUUUUCCUGAAGCUCCUGCCGCCGAAGCUAACAGCGAUCUAUUCAAGAUGGUGCUUCAGAACGACAUUGAUUUGCUUCACCCACCGGCUGAGCUCGAGAAGAGGAAGCACAAGCUCAAGAGGCUCGUGCAGACCCCCAACUCUUUCUUCAUGGAUGUGAAGUGCCAGGGUUGUUUCAACAUAACAACCGUGUUCAGUCACUCCCAAACUGUUGUGGUGUGUGGGAAUUGCCAGACAGUGCUGUGCCAGCCGACUGGUGGCCGUGCUAGACUCACUGAGGGUUGCUCUUUCCGAAAGAAGGGAGAUUGAUCUGUGCUGUUCUUGCUUUUGCAAAAGGCUAGAUUGUGAGGAGGGUUCUCAUUUUUGUAAUGGGUUCUUAGUUCUUUCUUUUAUCUGUGGUUCUGUUGGUGAAAUCUUCUGCACAUUUGUCUUAUGUGGUAUUCUAUGAAAUGAAAUUUAGUUGAUGACUCUUUA